AUGUCAGUCGGGCAAUUCGUUCGGCAAAUUGAUGCCUACCGCUUCGGUACUGGAGUAGCUCUGCUAUUCCUUAUUGCAGCAUACUCUCCUGUUAUGGGCUUGGUGCUGUCUCCUGUAUUUGGCUCCCUGCCGGCCCAUAUCUUCCACGGCUAUGGCGUGGGUAUUUGCGGAGCUGCUGGAUGGUUCUUGAAGGACCAGAUCCAAAGACGCGUUGGUCGUCUUGCCGCUCUUAUGCUUCCUGUUCUGGCCUUCUGGACUCCUACAUUGCAGUACUUUGUGAUGCAGCAGAGCGCCAAGCUGGGAAACCCUGUCGGUCCUGUGGUCACAGAGCUGUUUGGCUACUAUCCUCUGGUAAUCUUGACUGUGGCUAUUGCCGGUAAGCAGAUUCAAUCUGCUAUGAACCUUGAGUCUCAGGGAGAACUUGCUGCGGAACAUAUUCCUCUGAUCGGCACGUACAUUAUCUACUCCAUGGGCGAGCACUUCGCUCGAUUCAUCCUGUCUUAUGCUAUUGGUUUCACCUUUAUUUUCUCUCGCGCGGGAUUGCAGUUUGUCAUUGCUAUUCUGUAUGCUGCUAUUGUUCCUAAGUCCAAGCUCCUGCUUCUGGCUAUUCCGUCUUUGCUCUUCACUAUCACUUCUGAUGUCCACCUUGGUGGAAUUGGUGCUGCAAACUCUGCCAUUCAGCAUGAAGGAUAUACCAUGUUGGCCCGCCAGGAAUCCUACACAGGAUACAUCUCCGUUCUUGAGAACAACCAGGACGGUUUCCGUGUGAUGCGUUGCGACCACAGUCUUCUUGGUGGACAGUGGAUCAAGUCAACUCCCGGCUACCACCCUCAGGUAGAGGACCCAAUUUACGCUGUCUUUGCCAUGCUCGAAGCCGUCCGACUAGUCGAGCCUGAUAACGGUGUUCACCGCGUAGAUGCUGACAGCAAGGCUUUGGUGAUUGGUCUCGGUAUCGGUACCACACCCGCUGCAUUGAUGAAGCACGGCAUUGACACCACCAUUGUCGAGAUUGACCCCGUCGUGUACAAGUUCGCGACCCAGUACUUCAACCUCCCGUCCAACCACGUCGCCGCCAUCGAAGACGCCACCCAAUUCGUCAAGAAGGCGCAAAAGGCUGCUUGGCCCAAGUACGAUUACAUCGUCCACGAUGUCUUCACCGGUGGUGCUGAGCCCGCGGAACUUUUCACUUUCGAGUUCCUGAAAGACCUGAGCUCUCUUCUCAAGGAUGACGGUGUCAUUGCUAUCAACUAUGCCAGCGACAUUACACUCUACCCUACAGGUCUUAUUGUCCGCACCAUCCAAACCGUCUUCCCAUCCUGCCGUAUGUUCCGUGAAAACGGAGCGACCGAAGAUGCCGCCAACCCCGACUUUACUAACAUGGUACUCUUCUGCAAGAAGAGCGCUAGCACCCCUCUGCGCUUCCGGGAGCCAGUUCAGUCUGAUUUCUUGGGUAGCAAGUCGCGUGAGUCGUACAUGGUGCCCAAGCAUGAGAUGGAUACUUCUCAGUUCGCUGUUGGCCCGGAAUCCGGAAGAAAGUAUCUCAUUCAUAAGGAGGUUAGGCGAUUGCAUAAGUUCCAGGAUCGGGCUGCGUUGGAGCACUGGGAGAUUAUGAGGAAGGUUAUGCCUGACUCUGUGUGGGAGAACUGGUAA